AUGACUAAGCAAGAUCACCAAAAAGCUGCUUUUGCUCAGAGCCAAAAAAAAGUCUUGAAGCAUUCCUCGACUUCUAACCGAAACAUGCCUGCAAAAACCAUUGUUGCUGACGGUUUAUGGCAUUGCCUCUGCCCGUCUUACAAGCAGGCGUCAUUGAAGUGGCGAAACUUCCCAGGACGGCUCAAGCGACAUGUCAAUCCCACUGUCAAUGCUGCCCGAUUCUUCUCGCGAACCAGAGAAGUCGCAUUGCUCACCCCAGGAUUAAAACCAAACGUCGCAACGGAAGAUGACGCGCUUCCUGGGAAGCAUGAUUCAGAUAUGCCAGGUGAUAUGGAUCAGUAUUUUAUAGAAUCCCCGCCGGGGAAGCAUUUCUCUAAGAGAACGCUCUGGGAAUACAAGAAUCUGGAUUGGUCUACUCGAAACCGAGAGGAUGGCCACAUUGAAAGAAUGCUACGGAAGACAGUCGAGGGAGCACCGGAUUACAAAUAUACCAUGAAAUUGAUGAGGGAACUUAUCCGGAGACGAGGCUUUCGGCCGCAAACAUGGCAUUACACCGUACUGAUAACGGCCAAUUCGGAUGCGUUGCUGGGGUGCCCGAAGCACGUCCGAAGUCUCUUAGAGGAGAUGGACGAAAAUCAUAUACCAAUUGAUUCAGCCACUCUCCAUGCGGCAUUGCAGGUCCUAGCAGUGCACCCCGAUUAUAUUUUGCGCCAGACGAUCAUUCACACUCUACGCGAUCGAUGGCUGACAAUUUCACCUGAAGGAUGGCAUAAUAUCGUAACUGGAUUCAUCCGGGAGGGGCAGUUUGAAAUGGCGCUGGACCAUAUAUCCCGCAUGCAAGCCCAGAACAUCCAAGUUGAACCAUGGCUCUAUAGCCUUUUAAUAUAUAAUCUUUGCGAAGUCAGCGACUUCGACAUGAUUUUAGAGCUGAUGGCUAAGUGGAUAAGCGCCGGAAAUGAGCUCUCGCCCAACCUGUGGUUUCACAUACUCGUUGCAGCCAGCGAGUCAUUCCACGAGAAAUGCGUCACUUUUGUAUGGAAGAAGCGCGUGCAGCUCGGUCUUAUCAAUCCACCCUACGGCGUCUGCAGCAACAUUCUCGUAAUGACAUCGCGAACAGGUAAUAUAUGGCUUGCCCGUGAAGUUUUCCGAGUUCUUCAAGAACGCCAGGGCAAUUUCCUGCUGGAAGAUUAUAAUUGUUUCGUAGACACCUGUCUCGCCGCAGACGACCUCGAACUUGCCUUGAGCGUCCUUUGCACUGCUCAAAAGGCAACAUUCAAGCUUGACGAAACUGCCACACGGUCGAUCCUCACCUACUGUAUCGAAAAGAAUAUUCGGCCGCGAACUGUCUGGCAAAGGCUGGCGGACAUGAAAACAAAAGAACGUUACAACGUGCCUUUGGUAGCUAUAAAUGCCGUGAUUGAAAUGGCCGUCCACCACAAGAGCAUGACGGUAGCGCUGGAAUUUUACCAUGCACUAGUCGAUGUUUUCGAACACCGGCCUUCAGCCACAACUUUCAACCAUCUCAUCCGCGGCUGCCGCGUCACAGGCGCGCAUGAGAUGGCAAAUUUUUUCGUUCAGGAGAUGGUUCUUCUCGACAUCUUCCCGGACCGGAUGACGUACGAACUCCUGGUACUGCUCUGUGUUGAUGCGGGACGGUUCCGCGAGGCGCAUAGGUACUUUGUCGAAAUGAUGGAUAGUGGGUUUUCGUUGACGCCUGGGUCGAAGGUACAUGUUCGCACGCGAUGUUUCGAUUCUGAUGACCAGUAUGCGAAGCUUUUGCGAUAUGAUUCCGAGAUACGAAAGCCGAUUGCUAGACAGCUUAUGGAGCGUUGA